UGUGUCUGUGAGCGCAGCCCGCUGGCGGACUGUGCCUCGGCUCUGCUCUGCUGUUACGAGCGAGAUGGUCAGCGGGCGACGCAAGAGAAAGCGCUUGAGCGUUUAUCCUUUAAAAAUAACCUAGCUGCUGGGUCUGGCAGGCUGGUCUGUUGUUGUUUUUCCUUUCCCCUUUUCUCUCUGAUUUGCACGUGGGCCUGAGAUGGAAAUGCUGACUUGCCCUGCAGAGACUGUCCUCAAGGAGGGGGUGCUCACCAAGCAGAACAGCUCCUUCCAGCGCUCCAAGAGGAGGUACUUCAAGCUCCGUGGGCGCACGCUGUACUACGCCAAAACCGCCAAGUCCAUCAUCUUUGACGAGGUGGACCUCACAGACGCCAGCGUGGCUGAGUCCAGCACCAAGAAUGUCAACAACAGCUUCACGGUCAUCACUCCGUGCAGGAAGCUCAUCCUGUGUGCCGACAACAGAAAGGAGAUGGAGGAUUGGAUGGCGGCGCUGAAGACCGUGCAGAACAGGGAACACUUUGAGCCCACCCAGUACAGCAUGGACCACUUCUCAGGGAUGCACAACUGGUACGCCUGCUCCCAUGCCAGGCCCACCUACUGCAAUGUGUGUCGUGAGGCCCUGUCAGGAGUCACAUCCCACGGGCUGUCCUGUGAAGUGUGCAAGUUCAAGGCCCACAAGCGCUGUGCCGUGCGGGCCAACAACGACUGCAAGUGGACCACGCUGGCCUCCAUCGGGAAGGACAUCAUCGAGGACGAGGACGGGAUCGCCAUGCCUCACCAGUGGCUGGAGGGCAACCUGCCUGUGAGCGCCAAGUGCACCGUGUGCGACAAGACGUGUGGCAGCGUGCUGCGCCUGCAGGACUGGCGCUGCCUCUGGUGCAAGGCCAUGGUGCACACAGCCUGCAAGGACUCCCUGUCGACCAAGUGCCCCCUGGGCCUGUGCAAAGUGUCCGUCAUCCCCCCCACUGCCCUCAACAGCAUCGAUUCUGAUGGCUUCUGGAAGGCCUCCUGCCCCCCAUCCUGCACGAGCCCACUGCUGGUCUUCGUCAAUUCCAAGAGCGGGGACAACCAGGGCGUGAAGUUCCUCAGGAGAUUUAAGCAGCUGCUGAACCCCGCCCAGGUCUUCGACCUCAUGAACGGAGGGCCGCACCUGGGCUUACGCCUAUUUCAGAAAUUUGACACGUUCCGGAUUCUGGUUUGUGGUGGGGAUGGCAGCGUAGGCUGGGUCCUCUCGGAGAUCGACAGCCUCAACCUUCACAAGCAGUGUCAGCUGGGUGUGCUGCCGCUCGGCACGGGGAAUGACCUGGCCCGUGUUCUGGGCUGGGGCUCAGCUUGUGACGAUGACACGCAGCUCCCACAGAUCCUGGAGAAGCUGGAGAGGGCUAGCACCAAGAUGCUGGACAGGUGGAGCGUUAUGGCCUAUGAGACCAAGCUCCCUCGGCCAGCCUCCUCUUCCACGGGCACCGAAGACUUCAGCGAGGGCUCCGAGGUGCGGCAGAUCCUCUUCUAUGAAGACUCCGUGGCUGCGCACCUCUCCAAGAUCCUGACCUCUGACCAGCACUCGGUGGUCAUCUCCUCAGCCAAGGUGCUCUGUGAGACGGUGAAGGACUUUGUGGCACGUGUGGGCAAGGCCUAUGAGAAGACGACCGAGGGCUCGGAGGAGUCAGAGGUCAUGGCCAAGAAGUGCUCUGUGCUGAAAGAGAAGCUGGACUCGCUGCUCAGGACCUUGGAUGAUGAGUCGCAGGCCUCAUCCUCACUGCCCACGCCGCCGCCCACCAUUGCCGAGGAGGCGGAGGACGGGGAGGGCGGCAGUGGCAGCGGCUGCAGCUCCGCUGGGGAGCGGCCCAUGGGCUCGGCCUGCCCCACUCGGCCCCAGAUCUUCCGGCCCCGCGAGCAGCUUAUGCUGAGAGCCAACAGCCUGAAGAAGGCCAUCCGGCAGAUCAUCGAGCACACAGAGAAAGCUGUGGAUGAGCAGAACGCACAGACGCAGGAGCACCAGGGCUUCGUCUUGGGCCUUUCCGAGUCAGAGGAGAAGAAGGAGCUGAAGCCGGAUGACAGGGUGUGCCCUGGGGAGAGCUGCGGGGCCGCCAAAACCAGGAGCCUCCGCAAAGCUCUCCUUCCUGUGCUCACAGUGACCAAGUCCCCCUGCGAGAAGCUGCUCAGCAAAGGAAGCCUGUCCCUGGGUAGCUCUGCUUCUCUGCCUCCCCCGUCGGCCAGCAGGGACGGCCUGCCAGCCCUGAAUACCAAGAUCCUAUUCCCCACCGUGCGGGCAGGAAUGUCUGGCUCCCUGCCGGGAGGGUCAGUCAUCAGCCGCUUGCUCAUCAAUGCCGACCCCUUCAGCUCGGAGCCGGAGAACCUAGAAUAUUACAUGGAGAAGUGCGUCAUGAACAAUUACUUUGGCAUCGGCCUGGAUGCCAAGAUCUCGCUGGACUUCAACAACAAGCGUGACGAGCACCCCGAGAAGUGCAGGAGUCGCACCAAAAACAUGAUGUGGUACGGCGUGCUGGGCACCAAGGAGCUGCUGCACAGAACCUACAAGAACCUGGAGCAGAAGGUGCUGCUGGAGUGUGACGGGCGGCCCAUCCCUCUCCCCAGCCUCCAGGGAAUCGCCGUCCUCAACAUCCCCAGCUAUGCGGGUGGCACCAACUUCUGGGGGGGCACCAAGGAGGAUGAUACUUUUGCUGCCCCGUCCUUCGACGACAAGAUCCUGGAGGUGGUGGCCGUGUUCGGCAGCAUGCAGAUGGCCGUGUCGCGGGUGAUCAAGCUGCAGCACCACCGCAUCGCCCAGUGUCGCACGGUGAAGAUCUCCAUCCUGGGGGAUGACGGCGUGCCUGUGCAGGUGGAUGGCGAGGCCUGGGUGCAGCCCCCCGGCUACAUCCGCAUUGUCCACAAGAACCGCGCGCAGACACUCACCAGGGACAGGGCGUUUGAGAACACCCUGAAGUCCUGGGAGGACAAGCAGAAGUGUGAGCUGCCUCGCCCCCCAUCCUUCUCUCUGCACCCCGAGAUCCUGUCUGAGGAAGAGGCCACGCAGAUGGACCAGUUUGGGCAGGCGGCUGGCACCCUCAUCCACAGCAUCCGGGAGAUCGCACAGUCCCACCGGGACGUGGAGCAGGAGCUCGCACACGCCGUCAACGCCAGCUCCAAGUCCAUGGACCGCGUGUACGGCAAGCCCAGGACCACCGAGGGGCUGCACUGCGGCUUCGUGCUGGAGAUGCUGAGCAACGUGAAGGCGCUGCGCAGCGAGACGGAGCUGCUGCUGGCUGGCAAGAUGGCCCUGCAGCUGGACCCCCCGCAGAAGGAGCGGCUGGGGGCUGCGCUCACCGAGAUGGACCGGCAGCUUGGGAAGCUGGCUGACACACCCUGGCUGUGCCAGUCCCCAGAGCCCGGAGACGAGGAGGCUGUGAUGCUGGACCUUUCCAAACGCGGCCGCAGUGGCAAAUUCCGCCUGGUGACCAAGUUCAAGAAGGAGAAGAACAACAAGAACAAGGAAGCUCGCAGCAGCCUGGGCACCCCGGUGCACCUCUGGGGGACAGAGGAGGUGGCUGCCUGGCUGGAGCACCUCAGUCUCUGUGAGUAUAAGGACAUCUUCACGCGGCACGACAUCCGGGGCUCUGAGCUCCUGCACCUGGAGCGGAGAGACCUCAAGGACCUGGGUGUGACCAAGGUGGGCCACAUGAAGAGGAUCCUGUGUGGCAUCAAGGAGCUGAACCGAGGUCCUCCCAGCGAGGCCUAGGCUCCGUGCUGACGGCGUGCGUCCUGCGCUGCCCCCGCCUCUGAGGCGGCCCCUCAUGGUGCUAACCCUGCGCUCACACAGGCAGCCCGGCUCCCAGGCUGGACUCACCAACACAGCUACCUGACACCUAGGAUGGACGGACAGCCACUCACUUGGCAUCAUGUCCCGAGUGGGCAGAAACCGCCCGCGGGUCCCAGGGAUGGGGUGGAAAGGUCCGCUGUCCUCUGCCACGUCCCUGCAUGACGUGUUUAGCCUUCUUUGCCCUGGACAUGGCCUUCUGGGCCUGGCCACGCUGCCCUGAUGGGAAAGGAUGGGCUUGCUCUAGCUCUGCCAUGUGCUGGUCCUGGUCUGUGCCACUCGCUCCUCCCCCACGCUCCUCAGCCCCUCCUGGAGGCCCCGCACGGCCUGGCUGGAUGGCUCAGGGUUUGUGGAGCGCGUGCCCAGUCGGCUGCUGUGGGAGAGCAAGCAGGUGCCCUGCAUGGCCCCCUGGGAUCCCGGCUCUCUGCCUGCCCCUCCCCCCCCACCCCAUGGAACCCCCAAGGCCACACCCUGGGCCUCUCGCUGGCUUGCUUCCAAGACCAAUCACAGUCACCCUGAAAGGGGGUCCCCACUGUAGCCCUGGGGGUGAGUGAGGGUGACUGGCUGCAUGUGGGGUCCCAAGUGAGUGGGGGAGCUGCUCUCUCACAUGGCAGGUGUGACCAGAUCACGGCUUUAUGGGUGCUCAUGGUGGCUUGGGUGCCAGGCUCACCGUGGCCCCCUAAGGAGUGGGGAGGACGUCGUGGUGCCCCUUGUCUGAGCAGCCACUGCGGGCGGGGGCUGGGACACUGGACCUUGGGGUGCUUUCCGGGCACGUCCCAGGGUUCCAGGUUGUCAGCAGUCCAGGACAGCUGAGCUGAGGGGUCAAGGAGCAGCAGGUACGGGGAGCCCCGUGCUCAGCAUGGUCCCCUGGCCACACAUUUACACAUAAACCAUUUCCCCCUUCUGCUCGGGAUGGAUGGAAUGUCCAUGCAGCCAGACUGGUGUGGGCCGUGACCCCGCCGGGCAGUGUGGCUGAGCCCGGAGCAGAGUGCUGUGCCCUGGGGUGGGCUCCCUCGUAUUUAUGAUCCUAAUUUAUACAGUGCCCGCCCGCCCGCCCUGUACAUAGCCACAGUGUAAAUAGCUGUCUAUAAAUAAAACGCCUGUUUCUCAUCUCCA